CGUGUUUACUCUGUACUAUACUUCCUCUCCCUUGAUCGCACUCGACGAUGGCGACCGCAGCGGCAGAUGCGAAAUAUGAGCUGAUAACCCGGAGGCUGCAGGAGGUGCUGGGCGGGGACCUGAUCAAGGCCAUCCUUGCUGAGGGGAGGACGCCGAAAUGUUACUGGGGUACUGCUCCUACCGGUCGUCCACACCUGGGCUACUUCGUCCCGUUGACCAAGAUCGCUGACUUUUUGCGCGCCGGAGUCGAGGUCACUGUCCUUCUUGCAGACAUCCACGCCUUCCUCGACAACUUGAAAGCACCCUUCGAGCUCGUCGCGUACCGCGUCAAAUACUACAAGCUCGUCCUCGUCGCCGUCUUCCGCUCGCUCGGCAUCCCGACCUCCAAACUGCGCUUCGUCGAAGGCUCUUCCUACCAGCUCACGAAGGAGUACAACCUCGACAACUACCGACUCUGCGCGACCGUGACCGAGCACGACGCGAAGAAGGCGGGCGCGGAGGUCGUGAAGCAGGUCGAGAGCCCGCUUCUGAGCGGUCUGCUCUACCCCGGCCUGCAGGCGCUCGACGAGGAGUACCUCGGCUGCGACUUCCAAUUCGGCGGCGUCGAUCAGAGAAAGAUCUUCACCUUCGCGGAGCUCUACCUCCCCCGGCUCGGCUACAAAAAACGCGCGCACCUGAUGAACGCGAUGGUGCCCGGCCUCGCGGGCGGCAAGAUGUCGUCCUCGGACCCGAACUCGAAGAUCGACUUCCUCGACCCGCCCGAGCUCGUCCGGAAGAAGAUCAAGGCCGCCUUCUGCGAGGAGGGCAACGUCGCCGAGAACGGCGUGCUCUCCUUCGUCCAGGCCGUGCUCAUCCCCAUCAGCGAGCUCCGCCUCGCGCGGCUCCGGGGCGAGUCGCUCGGACACGUCGAAGAGGGCGCGGAGGCCGACGACGACGUGCGAGAGGAGGAGGCGCGGAAGCCGUUCGUGGGGGAGGGCGCGCCGGACGGUACGGUGUUCACCGUCCACCGGGACGAGAAGUGGGGCGGGCCGAGCCAUUACAAGUCGUUCGACGAGAUGAGGGACGAGUUCGCGGCGAAGAGGCUGCACCCGGGCGACCUCAAGAAGGCCGUCGCGGAGGCGAUCGUCAGCCUGCUCGCGCCGAUACGGCAGGCGUACGAGGCCGACCCCGAGUGGCAGGAGGUGACCAAGCUCGCGUACCCGGACCCCAACGCGAAGCCGGAAGGGAAGAAGAAGCCCAAAAAGGUAUACCAUCCGCCACCGCCCGGGAAGGGUAAGAACGCACAGCAGGCGCUACCGGCCGAUGGCGGAGCGGUGGGCGCGGCAACGAUGGUACCGAAAGAGCCGUUUGGAGAGGUAGCGGACAAGCAAGUGGAUGAGCAGGUCCAUGCCGCCGUCGAGGCAGCGAAACAGCAAUGAACAAUACAGUGAGGGUACGUAGCCUAGAGCGCGUCCGUCGCGUCGUCAACGUCUGUCCCCCCUUGGCAUUGUAGGACUUGUGACGGCAUCCUUUGUGGAGAUUUAACAUCCCGUUGCCAACGAUAUGUGUGUUAUAGAACAGAGGGAAUAAUCCCAAAGAAGUCUUAAGUGGACGAGUUGCGUCC